AAAAAUAUGUAUCUGAUUGUUCGUUUUAAAUUAUUUUUCUAAACGCAAUUUCUUAACCAUACUGUGAGACUCUUGUUUUACCUCGAAAGGCAAACAUCACAUAUAUUUCAUUUUAACGUCUGCUCUUCCCAAAUAGCGUGGUAGCUCAUUACUAUAUGGCUUUAUUUUGGAGGUCUGGCCCGGCAGUCUGUGGCCACACUGGAGCAGAUUAGAUUGUUGGCGGAUGGGGGCGCUUCACCGCCAUUUGAAACACACAUACACACACACACGCACACAUUCACAGUCUCUGCCUCAGCUACGUAGUGCGAGCAGCCUCGAAAGUAGGCUUGAAGAUGAAGUGAGCAACAGAUUAGAAAACGAAAUUCCCUAAAGCUAAGCGGUACAGACCCGAUCCAACGAUUGGGUGAUGUGAAAAUCCUGAUCGGAGAGAUCGAUCGUUCUGGGACAAGCAGACUGAAGUGAGGGAGCAGGACUUUUCAAGCUCGCUGGUGUUCACGCUGGCCACCAGAUGAACAAGUUCUGAAAAGUCGGUCUGCGUUGUCCUUGCAGUUUUCCAAACGAGACUUCAAAUUCACAUCAUGGCUGUCUCGUCAUCCACCUCCCCCAACCUCCUGCUCCUUGUCCUGGUUUCCUCCCUGGAUUGGCUGACUGCUCCAGGGUCUGCAUUUCUAAUGGGCCGGGACCCUCUGACAUCAUCAGCUACCCUUGAACCUCAUUUCACAGAGUGUAUAUCCAGAGAGCAGGAGACAUUCCGAUGUUGGUGGAACCCAGGUGACUUCCACAACUUGUCCUCACCUGGAUCUCUCAAAGUCUUCUACCUUAAGAAAGAUUCCCCUACCAGUGAAUGGAAAGAGUGUCCAGAGUACAUCCAUUCAAACAGGGAGUGCUUCUUUGAUAUAAACCACACCUCCGUCUGGAUCCCUUACUGCAUGCAGCUUCGCAGCCAUAACACAACCUAUUUCAACGAGGACGACUGCUUCACUGUGGAGAAUAUCGUGCGCCCUGACCCUCCAGUGUCUCUAAACUGGACCCAGCUGAAUAUGAGUCCCUCUGGAGUGAGUUAUGAUGUCAUGGUCAACUGGGAGCCCCCGCCCUCUGCAGACGUCAGGGCAGGCUGGAUGCGCAUUGAGUACGAGAUCAAGUACAGAGAGAAAAAUACCACAAACUGGGAAGCAUUGGAAAUACAGCCACAUAUCCAUCAGACGAUCUAUGGUCUGCACAUAGGGAAAGAGUACGAAGUGCACAUCCGCUGCAGGAUGCAGGCCUUCACUAAGUUUGGAGAGUUCAGCGACUCCAUCUUCAUACAAGUGACUGAGAAUCCCUUCAAGGAGUCCACUUUCCCACUCACUUUAGUGUUUAUUUUUGGGAUUGUGGGCAUCCUUGUCCUCAUCAUGCUCAUUAUCGUCUCACAGCAGCACAGAUUAAUGAUGAUUCUGUUGCCACCAGUUCCUGCACCCAAAAUUAAAGGCAUUGAUCCUGAGCUGUUGAAGAAGGGGAAACUGGACGAGUUGAAUUUCAUCCUGAGCGGUGGAGGGAUGGGUGGCAUGCCAACCUAUGCGCCUGACUUCUACCAAGACGAGCCAUGGGUGGAGUUUAUUGAGGUGGAUGCCGAGGAUACAGAUGCUGGAGAGAAGGAGGACAACCAAAGCUCAGACACCCAACGACUCCUGGGGGUGCACCAGCCAAUCGGCCACCACAUGAACAUAGGGUGCUCCAACACCAUGGGUUUACCUGAUGAUGACUCAGGCCGGGCCAGCUGUUACGACCCAGAUCUGCCCGACCAUGACGCCCUAAUGCUGACGACCACCCUGCUGCCUGGCCAACCCGAGAGCAGGGAAACCUCAUGUGAUGGUGUGGACAGAAUCCCAGCUCUAGAGAGAGAUGAUAGACCCCUAGUUCAAACCCAGACUGGAGGGCCUCAGACUUGGAUCAACACAGACUUCUACGCCCAGGUCAGCAACGUGAUGCCAUCUGGAGGGGUGGUUCUGUCUCCUGGCCAGCAGCUUCGAAUCCAGGAGAGCGUCUCGGCCACAGAGGAGGAGGCACAAAAGAAGGGAAGAGAGCAGAAAGGGAGCGAGGACUCUGAGGAGCGAAAGAAGAAGGAGCUGCAGUUUCAGCUGCUGGUAGUGGAUCCUGAAGGGAGCGGCUACACCACAAAGAGCAGUGCCCUGCAGAUCAGCACUCCCCCCAGCUCUCCGAUGCUGGGUGAGGAGUAUCAAACCAUACACCCUCAGCCAGUGGCGACCAAACCUGCAGCCACAGCAGAGGGAAAUCAGUCCCCUUACAUCCUUCCUGACUCUCCACAAUGUCCGUUCUUUGCCCCUGUUGCAGACUACACAGUGGUUCAGGAGGUGGACAGUCAGCACAGUCUGCUACUAAACCCUCCUCCUCCACGUCAGUCUACCCCUCCCUCCCUAACACAGCACCCCUUAAAGGCUCUACCUGCUAUGCCUGUUGGGUACAUCACCCCAGAUUUGCUGGGGAACCUCACACCAUGAACUGAAACGGACAAUUGUAGCCUUUAAGGUGUUUGCUUGUUCGACCAGGAAGUCCCCUGCAUUCACAAAAGCCUGUUUCUACCUGAUCCCUGCUUGAUAAAAAAAAAAACUCUCAGCACACAGGAUGUGAAGAGUGUACAGGUGUUUUGUUUUCAGAGUGUGCUGAAAGGGAGAUAUAACAAGCUGUAUUCUUGACUAAUUUACCUCUGCUACAUCAGUUAAUUGGAUGCAGAGGUGGAAAAAAAGUAAACAUCACAAACCAAAUGUGCAGCCAGUCUUGUUUGUUGACGUCCAUGCACGCAAAGAAAAGGCUGUGACUGUGAUCGAGUCAAAAUAUAUUAGCAGCACACUGCCAAACUGCCUCGGUUUGCAUUUCGUGUGGCUAAUUAUGUUAGAUUAAAGCAAUGGUAUGUUGAAGUCUUAAUCCAGCUGAGAGACGUCAGUGAGUGAUUUAUUGGGAGAAGACAAGCACAUUCUAGUCAUGUUUUCAUGCCCCGCCAAGACAAAGUCAUUGCUCCAAGAGAUGUUUUCCUCCAAAUCCUAUUAGUCCUUCAUUAGAGAUAUAUUUUUAUACAGAGAGGCAUUAGCUUAAGGACUGAUCCACCCUAAAAUCCAGUUGAAACACAACUAUGCAGUUUCACUUGCAUUCCUAGCUUUAUUUUGUUGAAGGGUAUGUUGUUGAUAUUUUUCAUGAGAAAUUGGCCAGAUAGAUUAGAUGAUGUCAGGACUAUGUCUGUCUCUACAGCAACAAUAGAGUUUGAAAACACACUGCACAUGCACACGCACAGGGAGACAUGAGUUAUUGGGAUGAAAAAGUAUCAACAAAUUCAAAAGAGUACAUACAUAUACAACCAUUAUUAUGUAUUUCCUUUCUUUUGGGAGUCAUUGGAAGGAAUUGUGAGAAAUAAAGGAAAUCACUUACUGUAAGUGGAGUAAAUGUCACUGAUAAAGGGAAAUUCCAACAUUCCUAGGAUGCAUUAAAUAUUACAGACUCAUUAUGAAUUUUCUUUACACCUGGUUAAUUGUUCUACAUUUUAUUCUGACAUCCACACCAAGAACAUGUUACAGUGCUGAUCAGCUGUAAGAGGAACUAGUUACUCAGAUUCACUCAGAGCUAUGAGCCACUCAGUACAAACUGUGCUAUAGUACACUAAGUGCCUUGCUCAAGGGUACAAUUAUAUAGCUAUUCAGCAGAAUCGCAGGGAAACGCCCAGCCAGCAGAAAGCAUAUUUCACCUUGUGACAGCAGACAAGUCUCACCUUUAAAAAAACAGCACUCAUUCAUAAUCUGUCCUUUGAACAGAAUACUUAAGAAGCUAACUUUCUACUCACUGAGUUAUACUCUCUUCAUGUUUGAUUGUUAUUGCAGGGAAAGUGACUGGAACAAAUUGAAAGACUGUGAACGUAGGCGAUUAGCUUGAAAUAUAUCUGUAAAGUGCGCCCUGUUAACAAACCGUGCCUGUGAACAUGUUACUGGAUCACCAUGUAUUGGCUCAAGAAUGCUAACAAAGCUUAGAUUUGUAUAUUUAUUAAUAGCUAUAGAUGAUACAGUGCUAAACCUCUCUGUGCAUUGAUUCGCCACAAUAACCUGCACAUGCACUAACACUAAGAUGUGUGCAUGCACGCUUACUUGCCACAUUCAAAUAUCUGCCUUAUGUCAGAUUUAAUUUAGCCUUCCUGACAGAGUCAUAAAAGCGUGGGGCAAGUCCGAGGAAAUAGUUACAAGGGUGAAAAUGUUCCGAGACCAUUAAAACUGUAAUUUACACAUUUCCAAUCAUGCUCAUAAAACUGGCCGCGACUUUCAAACCAAAAGUGCUGAUCAGGGAAAGUUCUGAAAAGCUUUGAGUUGCAAGUUCUGCAACAACUACAACCACAAAUGUGCAUUUCUAUUUCAAGUAUUUGCCCCCAAACUUUUCUUAAAAUAACUAAUAUAAUAAAGACAUUAUUUAGGUAUAAUAAGCUGCUUUAUCUCUAGCUUAGCAACACUAGCUUGUAGUGUAAUCUUAGCUUAGGUUCAUCGUCAGUGGAAGCUUUUUAUACCAGCCUGUGUGGGUGAGAAAAGUGAAGAGGAGACCUUUUGUAAAAGCUUUUGUCUCCUCAUGUGUUUUACAUCCUAUGAAUUCAAUCAUAAAUACUUUGACAGUAUGCCUGUGGCGAACACAGCAGCAUGGCAUACUGCAAACAAUAAGCUAUCUAACUUUAGGCCUACAGAGGUUUUGUUGUGAAACACAAUGCAUUUUCAUUUCAACAAUUCAAUGAAUGGGUUUGACGCACUGUUAUGGUAUAGCAUCAGUGUAGCCUUCAAGUAGGGCCAUCUCAAUAUAAACACAACAUCCUCAAGGUGAAAAGAGAACACAUCCCACCUUUGGAUUGUGUUCUUUUGAAAUCAUCCUUGAGAAGAAGCAUGAUAAUGACUCAGACAGAGAACGCUUUCGUUUUUUGUAUCAGACAAUCUCACAGUGAAGAGAGACACAGCAAGAGCCAUAACAUGACAAUUCUAUACAAUGUGAAUAUGAUAAAUAUGUGCCAUUUCUCUUUCUGUACUCUAAAAGAGCUCAGUGUUCUGUUGUUGCUGCCUAGUGCUGAUGAUACCAGCAAGUCAAUGCUGUUGCAAAAUGUCUUAAUAUAUAAAUAGUGCUGUAAAUGACAGUUAUAUUUUUAUGUCACUAAUGUUACUAAUCACAAUGUAUUGCUGCUCGGUACAUGUAUUUUUCCUGCAUUUUAGCCUUUCUGUGGUGGGAAGAGGUCAUCCAAGAGAGUGCAGGUAUAAAUGUGUGUGAGAAAAACUGCAUAUUGGAUGAGAAGUGGAGAAACUGGAUGAUAUGAUUUGGUUCAGUUAUUUGUUCAGCCAUCAGUAGCAUUUCAAGCUGCAACAUGGUCACUAUUCUCAAACGUUUUACCGUGUUAACACUGAUCCAAAGAUCCCCAGAAGUGCUCUCUGUAUAAUGUUUCAUGUACAAUGAAGGAAGAUCAGAUAUUGGACAAAGCACAGUCAAGGUUCUGUUUCGGUUGUGUCAUGGUAAUUGUGGAUAUGUACAAACUGUAAUAUGCAAUGCAAUUAGAGUAUUGAGAAAAAGUUUGAGGAAAAGGUGUUUUCCUCUGAGGUAAGAGAGAGGGAAAUCUAUUUUGGGGUGCUUUUAUUUUGUUUCAUUUUUUAUUUUAUUUUUUGUUUACGCUUACUGUAAUGGUGUUUACUACAUUGUGUCUGCAAAUAUUCUGUUAGUUCACAAUGAGCUCAUCCUUAAUGUAGAGUAAAAGUUUGCUUCUUUUAUUAUGAGCUUUUAAAUGUUGCAGACACUUUAGAGCAAGCACUUUUACCCACACCCUACAGUACUCUGUUCCAAAUAGUAUUCAGAUGUCUUUUAUUUUGGACUAAAUCAAGUCUAAAUGUUGUCAUAAAACAGCAUUAUGUUCUUUAUUCAGCACAAUAAUCACAAAAUGAGGAACCUUUGAUAUGAAUAAGCUUUUGUUCUACAGAGUUUAUGUGUAUAGGAUGUAUUUUACACUACCAGAUUGAUAGAAUGAUGUACUGUAAUGGAGUAUUUAAUGUUUGCUCUAAGAUUUAUGGAUAGAUGGAGCAGGUAGGUAAAGUCUUUUAUGAAGUCAUAUGAAAAUACAGACAGAGUGAAAUAGUUAUGCUUUAACUCUACACUCUUAACCUUAUUCCCAUUAAUAAUUUUGGCAUUUAAUUAUUGAAAAGUGCAUUUAAAGGGGCUACAGUGUUUUAUAAUGAUGCCUUUUCCCCUCCAGCGUCUUGGUUAUGUUUGAAAUCCAGGCUUGAAUUUGUCGCUCUUUAAUGUCUGGAAGUAAUUUUCGGAGCUGGAAUUUUCUCUGGUUGCUACUUUUUAUCAAACAAAGAGAGUUCAGCCAGAUAUGUCUGUCAGCUGGUUUGGGGGAAACGGUUAAAUUCUUGACUAAACUACAGCAUUUACACCCUGGUUAUUUUUUUAAUUCAGUGGCUCUGCUUUAUAGUUCUGUCCAUGAGUUAUUUAUUUGUCUGCUCACAGCCCUCAGAUCCCCCCUCCACCUUAUCUGACAGCGGUGGAUGAGGCAGCAUGAGUAAUGUGUGCGCUGUUAUUCUCCACAGUGUGUCAUCCAGGCUCAUAAAACUAGAAAUAUUCUGCAUAUCAGAGUUGGAUCGGCUGCAUAGCAGCCGCAAGUGUUGGAGAGUCAACCAUCAUAUAUCAGUUUUGCAUUGGCCUCAUUAAUUUAAGUGGCCUCCCUCCAUUUUUUCUUUUUUUUUCUUUUCUCAAUAGUUUUUUUUGUAACCUCUUGACCCCUGGAGCCACUGUCCUUCUCAGUUGAUUGUUGUUUUUCAAGGCCAAAAAUUGUUGAUCUUUUAUGAUAUGAUAUUGUCCUCUUAACCAGCAGAGCCUUUUGCAGGUGUUGUAUGUGUAAUCGAUCUGCUUUCAGCAAGUUACACAAUAAAUGUAUAUGCAGCAUCUCA